AUGAGACAGAAAGAUCAGUACAAGUUGGCAGGCCAGCACAAGAGGGAGAAACUGAGGCGGAGGGAGCAGCCAGAUUCCCAAACAGGACCUGGCCGCAAACAUGAAAGUCGAGAGACAAUCCGGCUUUGCCUGGGGGUCAGAGGGACUGCAGCAAGCUCAGGACUCCGUAGACAGACACCUACUCAGACAGGGGGAACCGGUUUGGGCAGGGGCUGCGAGAGCGUUCCCGCCUGCGCAUGCGCCCUGUUCCCUCCGCCACAGCUCCCCCUCCCCCCAAUCACGGCUCCCCUCAGAACCCGGCUAGUCGAGGGAGGUGAGCGCAGUCUGGCCGGCCCAGCCCAGCGGGAUGAGAACACAGCCGGGCCCCCAGCAGGGCCUGUCACAGGAUUCCCCCGGGCUUGGUGGAUAGGAGGAUGGGAGGAGGAGGGGAAACGCGGCCCUACCCGACCCGCCGUCUCCUCCUCCGCCGCCCGCCGUUCGCCGUCCCGGAGGCUCCGCCGCCUGGGCCUCCCCAGCCGCCCUGCCCCCGCCCUCCCCGCCCCCUACUCACGUGAGAACCGCUUCUUCCGCCCUCCGCCCCGCCUCCCGCCCCGCCUCAUAGGCCUGCGGCGAAGCCGAGCAGCCCCAUUGGCCCAACAGCAGGCGGCGAGGGCGUACUUCCUUUCCUCGAAGCUCCACCUGGGCUUUUACCCUGCCACGGGAGUCUGCGCCUGCGCCGAGUCUGCGCUCCUGAAGAUUCAGUACAGUAUGCCUUGGAGAAUAGAAAACAGAGACAAGCUACAGUAAAAAAUAAAACAUCACAUUCCCACCAUCAAUGUUAAUACCAUAAUGCAGAUCCUUGUGUGCCAACAUAGUUUUUCAGAAUGAGAUCACGUGGUUUAGCAAUCUGCUUUAUUCAAUUAAC